AUGAAGGCAUGGAGGAAUCACCAAGUUCGAGAAGAUUAUCGGGCGGCCAUUAUCGAACGUAUCAGCAUUGCAGCUUCAGGCACCCAAGAUACCUCCCCAUGCGGAUCACUACGACCUUCAGAUUCGCAACAGCCCUGCAACUUCACUAAGAUUGCGCUCGACGCAGCCGCAUGCUCACGAGAUAUCACUGUCACCACCAUAGUUUACGCGGCAUGGGCGCCUUUUCUGAUCCAGCCUCCCGCUCAGGCUAUAAUUGGCUCCGUUGUAGGCAAGGCACCCUUCAGCACCGAUCUGCCAUUACGAAAGACUGUACACGGCUAG